AUGCUGCCCUGUUUCUUGUUUCUCUCCAAGAACAUCGGCCCUUCACUGGUGUCCCUGCGCAAUGCGCGCCGGGGCUUCGCGCUCCCGCCGCUCCGGGUCUCCAGGCUCCCCUCGCGCCCUAGGCGCACUGCCCCACUGCGCCCGCUGGCAGCAGCCGCCUCCUCCGGGAACCCAGCCCGGCCCGCCUCCGCCCAUUCCCGGGUGCGCCAGAACUUCCACCCGGACUCCGAGGCUGCCAUCAACCGCCAGAUCAACCUGGAGCUCUACGCGUCCUACGUGUACCUGUCCAUGUCCUAUUACUUCUCCCGAGAUGACGUGGCCCUGAACAACUUCGCGGGAUAUUUCCUUCGUCAGUCCCGGGAAGAGACCCAGCACGCGGAAAAGCUGAUGAGGCUGCAGAACCAGCGGGGAGGCCGGAUCUGCCUGCAGGACAUCAAGAAACCAGACCAGGACGACUGGGAAAGCGGGCUGAACGCUAUGGAGUGUGCGCUCCUCUUGGAGAAGAAUGUGAAUCAGUCCUUGCUCGAAUUGCACACUCUGGCCUCAGACAGAGGUGACCCCCACUUGUGCGACUUCCUGGAAACUCACUAUCUGAAUGAGCAAGUGAAGUCUAUCAAAGAACUAGGUGACCACGUGCAAAACUUGAUUAAGAUGGGGGCCCCAGAUUCUGGCCUGGCAGAGUACCUCUUUGACAAGCACACCCUUGGAGAUGAAAACAAUCAGAACUAA